AUGAACUCUCCCAAGUCUGUCGCCUACGGCUGGGCCGGCGAGAACGAGAAGCGCUGGAAGGACCAGCGUGCCCGCGGCCUUCGCUCGCCGGAACACCAGGACUGGAAGGACAAGCUCGCCGCCGCCGAGGAGGAGAUGCGUGCCGAGAUCCAGGCCAACGCAGCCAAGGCGAGGGCAGCAAAAGAAGAGCAGCAGCAAAGUACUCGAAGUGUAUAG